AUGCAGUCAAUAGGAUACUUGGCUAACAACCAACUCACUUGCGAUUGCUCUUUGCAUUGGCUACCAGAAUUUCUCAAUCGCAACGAGGCCGGUGGAAGUCACUGGACCACUUGUCAUAUGCCAAUCAAUCUGAAGGGACAGUAUGUUCGAGAUAUCACCCUUGCACCUUGCGUUCAAGGAGAAAGAAGUCGUCAAUGCACACAAAAACCUGACGUCCAACACCAUUCGAGGCCUCAACAUGAUUUGGAUGUGCCACAGGACUGCCCUAGUGAUUGCACUUGCACCCAGCUACCAAAUAGGGUUCAACGAUCCGCGGAUGAUGUUAUCACUUUUACAGCUAUGCGACCUGGAGUGGUUGAAAUUUUGGAACCUAGUGUGAAAGUUUCUUGUACCAACCGAGGUUUGGUAUCUAUCCCAAUUGGUAUCCCCGAAAACACAAAGGAACUGUAUUUAGACUAUAAUUCCAUCGGCGAAAUUAAUACUGACAACCUGUCACAUCUAAAGAAGCUGGAGGUUUUGUCACUUCACCAUAACGAGAUUUCGCGUAUUCGGAAUGAAACAUUUGUCGGUCUAUCAAAACUUAAAGUUCUGAGCUUAGACGAAAAUCCGCUUAACUGUGGAUCAAAAAUGGCUUGGAUAAGCCAGUGGAUCAAGAGGAAUCCAACAGUCAUAAUGCCUGCCCCGACUGCCCCAGCAUGUGCUACUCCAAUUCAUCUGAAAGGUUCUCCUAUCACCAGUCUCUCAAUUAACGAUUUCAACUGCUCAAAUGGAAGUUCAACAGGCGCAUCCUGUGAAAAUGAUUGCUAUUCGCAUAAAGGUGCGAAGAAUUCAAGCCAAAAAAUGAUGGCUCAAUAG